GGAGGAGGAGGAGGAGGAGGAGGGCAGGACUGGCAGGGUGCGGUCUAAGUGGCAACAGAUCGUUUGGGAUCACUCAAAUCCCUUCAAUUCAGCUGGAAGGCUACAGCUUGUCGUACCGCGCAUAUGGAGAGGAAACAGUCCGGUCAGGGCAUCAAGCAAAAAGCAAAAACGACAGUGGCUGAGGCUGUGACAGUUUUCCCAUAGCAAAAGAGAGAGGUGGGGAGAAACCACAACACUGCAACUUGGAUAUCAGUGACCGCUCUCUCUCUCUUUAACUCUCACACCCACCAGAUCGACUUUGAACCUGUUUGUUUAAAUACACGGACUUUACAGCCUGCACACUUACUGUUGGUUCUGUAAGGCGGUGGGAGCGGAGUUUUUCUCACUUUUGCGUCUGUGAUUUGGAGGAGCGAGAAAAACUUUUCGUUGUCCUGAUGGUGCCCCGCGCAGGGAAGACGCUGAUCUUCUUUUAUCCGAAUUUGCCGGAUGUGCGACUGUCACGGACAAUGAAAACUAAGCCGAGGAGGUACUGAAGUCAUCUCUCUCUCCCCCGGGAGAGUCCUCCCUCCCCCCGGGGCGAUGCGGAUCUCCCUCUCCCCUCUCACCGCCUCUCUGUGUGCCUCGGUCCUCCUCCUCCUCCUCCUCGCACCUGCCUCGGAGGGCUGCGGACCGGGGAGGGGAUACGGCAAGAGGCGGCUCCCGAAGAAGCUCAUCCCGCUGGCCUACAAGCAGUUCAGUCCCAACGUGGCCGAGAAGACCCUGGGGGCCAGCGGGCGUCCGGAGGGCAAAAUUACGCGCAACUCCGAGCGCUUCAAAGAACUCACGCCAAAUUACAACACGGACAUCAUCUUUAAAGAUGAGGAGGACACAGGUGCCGACAGGCUCAUGACCCAGCGCUGUAAAGACAAAUUGAACUCUCUGGCCAUCUCGGUGAUGAACAUGUGGCCAGGUGUGAAGCUGAGGGUGACAGAGGGCUGGGACGAGGACGGCCAUCACUCGGAGGACUCGUUGCACUAUGAGGGCCGUGCUGUUGACAUUACCACCUCUGACAGGGACAGAAAUAAGUAUGCCAUGCUGGCCCGCUUGGCUGUAGAAGCUGGAUUUGACUGGGUCUACUAUGAGUCCAAAGCCCACAUUCACUGUAGCGUCAAGUCGGAGCAUUCCGUGGCAGCAAAAACCGGUGGAUGUUUCUCCGGUGACGCUCAGGUUAUCCUUGAAGGCGGCGGUACCAAAUCAAUGCGUUACCUCCAGCCUGGUGACCGGGUCUUAGCCUCCUCCAUGUCAGACGGCAGUGCUUCCCCCGUGUACAGUCCUGUCGUGUCCUUUUUGGACCGCCAGCCCAAUGCCACAAAGAUCUUCUACAUCAUCGGGACGGACGCGGGGCUGAACAUUACGCUCACGGCUGCUCACCUAAUCUUUGCCGCAGACUGUGCUGGCGGAGUGAACGGGUCAGGGUCGGAAAAAGACCCUCUCCAGACAACUCUUGGGGUGCCCCGGCCAAGUCGCGAAGCCGGUCUGAGGACGGUUUUUGCGAGUGAGGUCCGUCCGGGAGAGUGCGUGCUCACAUCAAGGGGGGAUGCAAAGUCACACGCCAAACUUUCCCUCGUGACAUUUGUGAAGGAGCAGAGGGACACGGGCCUGUACGCCCCUCUUACCCAGCAUGGCUCUAUCGUGGUGAACGGUGUGCUAGCAUCCUGCUAUGCUGCUGUGGACAGUCACCGCUUGUCUCACUGGGCCUUGGCCCCACUAAGACUCCUCUACAGCGUGAUGGGGCCUUCACAAGCACAGAGCAACGGGAUGCACUGGUACCCUCGGCUUCUACAGAGGUUAGGGAAAACACUUCUGGACGCUGGACGCUUCCACCCCUGGGGUAUUGAACAAUGACAUUUUUUGGGAGUCACAGGGGGCCACAAACAAACAGAGCACAACUGUUUUCCUCUUUUCGAAGACAGCAACUGACAGGCCACCGAAACCAACUGAUUUUAUCGUGUAAAUUUGUUUUCUACUCAUUCUACUUGACCAUGUUUGCUGUUCUUUUUCAUGAAGUAGGGACACAGAGAAAAUUUGAGAAGACUGAUAUGUUGCAGAAAAUCUGGCACAGUUCAGUUAGUGAAUCAGAAUUCCAAAAGCCUGCAAAAAUAUCGUCGUUUAGUACUUUUGAAUGUUUACCUUGAUGUUUCCACUUUUCUAUCAGAACAAGAAAUUAAUUAGCGAGGGACAUUUUAUUUAAGCAAAAACAGACUAUGUGGCGAAAGAUUCAGGUUAGAUAAUUCUUCAUUAUAUAUUUGACAGAAUAUGUCAGAAGUUGUCAACUGACGGCACUCAAACAUAUUUUGUGAAUUUCUGGCUGAAGGGGGAAGGUUAAGAUGACCACAAGGUGGUAACAUUUUAGAGGGAGGAGGAGGAGGAGGGAAAAAAGAAAGAAAAGUAGUGACUUAACAUGGUGAGAUGUGAAGAUUUUUUCUAUACUUAGGUAUUUAUAUCGUGAAUUCUUGUUAGAAAGGAAUGAGCGGUUUAAUUUAAGAAUAAUUACUGCGGCAAACUCACAGAUUAUUUACUCCUCUUUUUAGAGCCUUACUGUAUAUUAACUGGAGAUUUUAAGUGCACGUGUAUAAUGAAGUGCAGUUCAAUGCAGUGUUAAUAGUGUGCUGGUGUUGCACUGCAGAUUCAUAUCCAUAAACAGAUUCAGUGGAACUGUUGAAUGGAAAUAACUUGAGGUGGAGACCCAGUAUUUGUGUUAUAACAUGUACACGUACAGACUAUUCCGACUUACUGCUGCAAGCUAGAGGCACAAUACUGUAACGAACAACCGAUCUGCCAUCUGCUUUAUUGCAACUUAAUUGCCUUGAGCUGAUUUAAAUGUGUCAUUUACAUUGUAUCAGGUAGUUUUAUUUAAAAUGUUGGUUUUUCAUUGUUUGAUUGGGUCACUUUUCAGGUCAGUAGUAAGACUCAGGCUGUAUUUGACUACUGUAUUAUUAUUAUCACCUAUGCAUCAUAUCAAACAGCAGUUAUUAUUUUGUAUUCCUGAAUAACUCAUGUUUAUUUGAUUGUUUUCCUUUGCAUGAUCUUUUUUAUGCUGGUUUUUAUCUCUUUCCUCAGACAUGAAAUCUAAUGACCAUUAACAAUAAGGGUAUGGCAAGAAUUUCUACUGUUGCGCUUGGCGGCUGAAUAUGAAUGGUAAAUAUCAAAUAUGUUUUGAAAUUGUACAAGUGCCCCUAGUUGAGAGUUCUUCGUGAAAACUCACAUUUUGGAAUUAUAUUGAAACUCCAGGUAUUCAUAUGUAUGACUGCUCAAAGAAUUGUCAAAUAUGUAUAUUAAGCUAAUGUUGAAGAGACUAUUUAAAGUUCUAUUUUUUAGAAAAUGCUGUAAAUGUAUUAUUAUUUUUUUGCCAAAUCUGUUUAGAAGAUUUGUAUUUGCCGUAAAAGUUAUAUGUCUGUAAAGCAGAAAUUGUUGUGCAUUUUUGAUAGUGAGGAAGUAAAAAAAAGAAGAGUUCUAUGUUGUAGUCUCAAAUGAAUGGUUUAUGUAAUAAACUCAGCUUUAGAAACG